AUGUUAAGAUAUUUAAUGUUUUUCAUUUCCACCUACAUGUUUGCGAAUGGAAUAAAUUGGCAUUCGUCACAAGUCAUAUUAAGGCAUCUCUAUGACUUACAAGACGAACAGUUUGCAGUGGCUAAAGAAUAUUUGGAACUGGAAACAAAGCGAAUACAUGACUUAGAGCGUUUUUUGAUUCCAAUUGAUGAUGGGAAUAUAAAUUAUACAUUGAAGAAACGUACUUUUAUACUGAGUCACAUCGAUAGUUUAAAAAUGAUGUCACGGGUUUACAAAAACUUAUCAGAAAUUAAAAAAUUAAUGAGUUAUAAACAAUCAGUAGAAGUUUUUAAACGAUUUGAUGAACACAACGUUAAUGAAUUAAAUAUUCAAUCUGCAUAUCGGUCUCUAAGAAGGAUUCAAAAAGUCUACGCGAUUCCUGCAUCCGAAAUGGCUGUAGGUAAAUAUAAGGACCGGACUAUUGGUGAUCCAAUGAAUGCUUGUGAAUGUAAUGUCAUGUCGAAAUAUAGCUUCGAAGAAUGCGACACUUAUGGUACAAUGGAAUGGGCUAUUCAAACUUAUAAUAAAUGGUUGACGUAUCGUCCAAAAUGUGUGGACAUCGAAAAAUUACAUUAUUAUAUAAGAUCAGUAUCAAUGCUAACAGGAUUUAAUUUUGAAACUUUAACGGAUUAUAGUAAUCUAAAUCAUCCAGAAAACAGUGAAUAUUUUGCACGACAUUUUUCUCUAAUGGCAAACGCAUUAAAUAUCCGUGAUUUUAACACACCAUCUACAGAUAUAUAUAAUAUAUACGAUAGUUUUGAACAAUUCAGUCGACAUAAAAAUUUCCGCAAUUUAUGUAGGACAGGUAAAUCUGUGAGACCGUUAACAUAUGAAUCUAAAUGCCGUUAUCAAACGAAAAAUUCUCCAUAUUGGAUAUUAAUGCCUUUUAAAGAAGAAGAUAUCAGUAUCAAUCCGAGCAUUAAACUCUAUCACGACUUUAUCUACAACGAAGAGAUUAAGACUAUUACAAAAAUGGCAUCGAAAGAUUUGACUGACGCAGCGAGUUACUUUGACGGUAAGAUUACUUUGAUCGACGACCAACGUUUGGGUCAGCUGAAAUGGUUUUCAGAAAAUUCGAACCCGGUGUUAUUUGGAAAGCUAAACGAACGAAUAGAAUGCAUUACUGAGUAUUCGACCAAGACAGCCGAAGGAUAUCAAAUAGUCAAUUAUGGAUUAGGCGGUCAUUUUGCUGAACACGUGGAUGCAUUUACAGACGGCCCUAAGUUGAAUGGCAACAGAUUGGUCACUAUAUUAUUUUACAUGACUGACGUACCUGAAGAUGGAUAUACAGUAUUUCCAAAUAUAAAUUUUGUUGCACAUUGUCAUAAAGGAACAGCUUUAGUUUGGCAAAACUUAUACUUGAAUAAUGGUACUGUAAAUAGUAGAACUCUUCAUGGAGGUUGUCCUGUGAUAAAAGGAAAUAAAUGGGUUAUGACAAAGGGACUAUAUGAAGAAGGACAACAUUUAACAUACAAUUGGAAAGAUAAUAAAAUAAUAACUAUUGUUUAA